AUGUCGCCCGAAGGCAUCGAUCCGGGCAAGACGUCGCCGUACGGCACCGUCGUGGGGCCGGGUGUUUUAGCUCAGAGCCAUCAACACAUCUUUGCCGUGCGCAUCGAUCCAGCCAUUGAUGGGUAUGCCAACACGGUAACCGUGGAGGAUUCCAUAUCCAUGCCGAUGGAGCCAACGAGGAAUCCAUAUGGCAACGGCUACGAGGUGCAGUCCACAACCAUUACCAAGUCCACGCAUAUUGACGCCUCGCCGUUGACCAACCGCGUGGUCAAGAUAUCCAACCCUUCCAAUAUCAACCCCGUCUCUGGCCGCCCGGUGUCGUACAAAUUUGCCCCGGCGCCCACGCAACUGCUCAUGGCGGAUGCAGCGUCCGACAUUGGCCACCAUGCCAAGUAUGCCAGACACCAUGUCUGGGUGACGCGGCACGCCGACUACGAGUUCUGGGCUGGCAGCGAGUUCACCAACAUGUCACGCGAUGAAGAAGGGGGCUGCUACGACACGGCGGCCCGCAAUGACGAUAUUGAGAACACUGAUGUGGUUGUCUGGGCCGUUUUUAGCUUUGCGCAUUCCCCUCGAGUGGAGGAUUGGCUGGUGAUGCCCGUGGAGCGUCACGAGUUACAUUUGCGGCCGGUUGACUUUUUCGACGGCAACCCGGCCUUGGAUGUGGCCAGCCAUCGCAAUACAAAUAGUGUCUGUCCUUGUGGACGGCGAGUGCUGCGCGAAUGGUGA